AUGUCCGUUUCUGGUCUUUCGACAGCGAAUCGCAAGCAGAAAGCUUCAAGAGUCUUCGGAAACUUUGUCUUUGAGGAACAAGAAACCAGCUUGUGCUAUUCCACCGAUUCUAGUUUUCGCAGUCCUUCCAAGGAGAACCAACACCAACAACAUGAAGUCAUGCCCAGUCCAGAUCCCUCCUCACUAUUGAGUAGUAAAGGAGGUUAUGAAGAGAAGCAUGUUUCAUUUGUGGAGGACGAAGAAGACAAGGAGAAUGCUUCUGCUAACAAUAAUAAUACACAAAUCCCCGAAUCACCCGACAUGAUCGUGAGAAAGUCGUCGAUUUCUUCCUUUCGAAGCGCCGAGUUGAGCAGACUUCGACAAUCCCUACAGUCUCCUCAGCGUAAGGACCUUGUGAGCAUGACGCAAAGAGCGAUCAACAAUGCAGCUGGUGUAUUUGAAGCCUUGAACCACCACACGCCACAAAAAAAACUUGGCCCCUCUACCAACCCUUCCUUAAAUGCUGCUCGAAGGGCCAAGGAGGAAAACCUGAAACAUGUUUCUAAUCGCACCAAACAAGUUCGAUUCCAAUGGCAGACACAAAAGGCGGAGACCAAGAAUUUCAAUCAACGCCUAGAAGAGCAACGUCGACAAAUCAUGGCCAUUACACGAACCGUUUCCUCUGCGCACUUUCAGCAACAAGCAAAGCUUAGCGACGAAAAGAAGCAAACCAAGUUCUCGAAAUUGGAGAAAGAGUACAAAUUCAAUUCUGACACUUAUCGAGAACAGCAAGAGAAAUUGAAGGAAGAGAAGGAUAAGGCCCGCAAGAUGUCUAUCGAUACUCGUGCCAAGCUUCGUCAAAAUCAUCGAAAGGGCGAAGAAAAGAUGAAGCGUCAACGGGAGAGAGAACUUGCUGCAAUUCAUGAGAUCCGAUACGAUAUACACAAGUCCCGCAACGAAGCUACCAAAGCUAAUGCUGAGGCACGCCGAAAGAGUUACCAGUUCCGUGCUGGAGAUGCCCGACGCAUUCGUGACCUUCGAGCCAAUUGGGGCGAAGAGGAGGCGAGAAAGCAACACGAGAGCUUCUUGUUGAAAAUGGAAGGUGAGCGAGAUGCAGAUGCCUACAGAAAGAAGAUGGCAGAAGAGCGCCGUCAAAGUUUGGCUGGCCGAAACGCUGAGAGUCGCCAGCAUGCCCAGGCAAUGCAAGAACUUCGAUCACUUGCCCAAGAAAAGGAAGCCGAAUCCUUCAUGUUGAAAAUGGAAGGAGAACGAGACGCUAAGGAGUAUUUGUUGAAAAUGGAACGGGAACGAAGAGAGUCUUUGCAGCUCCGUGGACAAGAAGCCCGGCGCAUCCGUCAACAUGAGGAGGAAGAGCACUUCAAGGCAGUGCACAAAGGAAUUGCCGAAGGUCGUUUGCAAUCGGAAUGUCAAAAAGAUGUCGAGGCAUACAAGAAGGAAAUGGAGGAACGUCGUCGAAAAUCCUUGCAAUACCGAGGCAAGGAGAAGCAAAUGCAAAAGUUGAAUGCAGAAAACCAAAGAUCGCAACAACAAGACCAUGAACGCGAGAUGUUUGAGUUGGACUCUCUUGCACGCAAGGACGUAGAAGAGUACAUGAAGGAUUGCAAGCGACGCAGACGGCAAUCUUUGGCGUUCCGAGCCAAAGAGAAACAACGACAUGCCAAAUGGCAACAAAAACAAAAAGAGAAGGAAUUGGAUGCAAAAUUGCAUAAUUCUCACUUGAGAGCAUUAGAUUCUCAAUUUAUGGCUCUCUCCGAACAGCAAGAGCGCGCACAAAGGGCCAUGGAUGCCCUUCGAACCGCAGGAUGUGCCAUCAAGGGCAAUCCAUUUGGAGAUUUGAUGAACCUCUGA